AUGGCCUUUACGCAACAGUUGUCGAAUUAUCCCUUACCUGAGAUACCUGUAAUCGCUGGCACGGGUAUGUCGAGUGGAAUGGGAGGCACCCUCGGCGGCCACUGCCAACUGGCGAAUCAGCCGCUGGUGAUGCCAGUCUUCCCACCUCGAACUAGUCAACCAAGCCCCGUUCCAGUGUACUCUCCAUCACGGUUUCACAUAGACAAGAGAUGCCAGCACCGAUGCACGUGGAAAUGCUUAGCCAUAGCGAUGAUAUGUCUGUGCGUAAUAUUAGCAGCGAUGCUCGCCUAUUUUAUAGCAUUAUCGUCAAUUAAAAGUAAUAUAGACAAUUCUAAUUGCAUACUGGUUCAAGAUGUAAAGGCUGUUACACAUUCUCAUGGGAUUAGAGAUGCAUUAUCAACAUCUUCGCCUUCUGAUGAAUCGAUAUCCACGUCGUCUUUAGGAUGGUCAACAACAGCUGAAGCGGCUAUAGAAUCAGCAGUGAUACCACAACAAGCCCAACAAGCAGCACCACCACCUUGGUCACCCGCCUUAGAAGUUAGAGAAUUUGACCAACUACAUAGUGCAACCAUACCGGCUUAUCAAUUCUGGAGUUCGGAAUUUAGAAAUAAACAGCCAGCGUUUGUCAGUCUAAACUUCACAGUGCCAUGGGGAGCAAACUUCGCAGUUUACGGGAGAAGAAACGUCGCACCUAGUGUCACCCAAUACGACUUUGUGGAGUUUAUUCGUGGUGGUAGAGUUGAUCACAGACUUAGACGGAAAAGAAGCACCCUCUCGCGAGACAUUACUGACCAUAAUUUUAACGACUUCGAAUCUUUAUUCAUCUCGCCUAAAUCUCACCAAAGAUGGAACCAUACAAUCUCAAGGCGGUCUACUGACAUGAGAGUGAACGUCAGCAUUCUACAGUAUCUGGACACAGGAAGAUGGUUCAUAUCAAUUUACAAUGACGAACUUCAACCGCACACAGUUGAAAUGAUAGUAACUGAAGCUGAAGGUGUAACUAACUCCUGUCCAGACGACUGUUCAGGUCAUGGCUCCUGUUAUCUGGGAAAAUGCGAUUGUUCGGACGGUUUUGAGGGCCACGAUUGUUCGAAAAGCGUGUGCCCCGUACUUUGUUCCGGUCAUGGUGCUUACGCCGGUGGAAUUUGUCAUUGCUCAGAAGGUUGGAAAGGAGCUGAAUGCGACGUGCCGGCCCACGAUUGUGAGCCCGCUGAUUGUUCGGGAAGGGGACGGUGUAUUGCGGGACAAUGUCAUUGUAAGCCUGGAUGGAAAGGAGUUAAAUGUGAUGAAGAGGAUUGUCUGGACCCUACGUGCGGCGGUCACGGCUCUUGCGUUCGAGGAAGGUGUGUUUGCCGCGCGGGAUGGAGAGGCGCAGCCUGCACAGAUCGUGACGCCAGGGUCCAAAGAUGCCUUCCAGCUUGCUCUCAAAGAGGCAUCUAUGAUCUUGAUGCUGGGAGAUGCGUUUGUGAUCCACUGUAUACCGGCGAUGACUGCUCUCAAGUGGUAUGUUCACUGGAUUGUGGGCCGCACGGAGUUUGCGCGGAAGGUGUAUGUCGCUGUGACGAUGGUUGGACUGGAUCGAUGUGUGACCAGAGACCUUGCGAUACACGGUGUCAUGAACAUGGGCAAUGUAAGAAUGGCACCUGUGUUUGUACACAGGGAUGGAACGGACGACAUUGUACUAUACCUGGUUGUCCCAAUGGCUGCUCGCGUCACGGUCAGUGCCUCCUCGAAGACGGUGUCUAUCGGUGUUCCUGCGCUGAUGGCUGGGCUGGAACUGACUGCUCCAUUGCUCUUGAACUUUCUUGCAGUGAUAACGAGGACAACGACGAAGAUGGCAUGACGGACUGCUCGGAUUCCGAAUGCUGCAGUCGCCCAGAAUGCACAGAACACAUCAUGUGUUUGGCCUCCAAUGACCCCGUCGAGGUUCUGCUUCGUAAACAACCACCAUCAGUUACCGCUUCGUUCUACCAACGGGUCAAGUUCCUCAUAGAAGAGAACUCUGUCCAGAGCUACGCGCAUAUGGACGAAUACUCUGAAAGGUAUCUGUGUAGUAAUCUGUCCUGUCUUUCUGUGUCCCUGUGCCGCCGUGUGUCCGCCACUCCUAGCGAGUUCUGGAAUUCCUUUACACCAUGGUAA